CUCCGGAGAAACGCGUUACGAUGACUUUCGGAAAUACCUCCGUGGAUUUAUUCUCGCAGUUUUAUGUCUUGCAGAAUUUCUCCGCGUUUUUUAAUUUCUCUUUGGUGGACGUGAUGUACGACAGGGGAGCGAACUACGAGUCGGAGUCCCACAAACCGACCAUCAAAGCGCUGCUCAUCGUCGCGUAUUCUGUUAUUAUCAUCAUCUCACUUUUUGGAAACGUGGUGGUUUGUCAUGUAGUUAUUAAAAAUAAACGGAUGCACUCAGUGACAAGUUUGUUCAUUAUGAAUUUGGCCAUUGCUGAUAUUCUUAUAACUCUCCUCAACACGCCUUUUACACUGGUCCGGUUUGUUUACAGUACAUGGGUGUUUGGGAAGGUGAUGUGCCAUGUGAGCCGCUUUGCUCAGUAUUGUUCUGUCCACGUCUCUGUACUUACGCUGGUCGCCAUCGCCAUUGAUAGACACCAAGUGGUGAUGCAUCCAAUGAAACAGAGGAUGUCUCGGGUUCAGGGUGUAGCCUGGAUCGGCGUCAUCUGGGUGAUGGGGUCCUGCUUCUCUCUACCUCAUGCCAUCUACCAGAAACUUUUGCGCUUUGAAUUUGUCAAUAACAGGGUACGUAUGGUAUGUCUGCCCAGCUUCCCACAGCCCUCUGAUCUGUUCUGGAAGUAUCUGGAUCUUGCCUCAUUUGUCCUUCUGUACGUACUGCCAUUAGCGAUAAUCUCCAUAGCAUACCUCAUUGUGGCCAAGAAGGUGUGGUUCCGGAAUGCGGUCGGUGAUGUCACGCUGGCCCAGUCGGCUGCCCAUCGCAGGAGGAAAAAGACGACCUUGAAGAUGCUGAUCGCAGUGGUUGCCGUGUUUGCUGUCUGCUGGUUUCCCCUAAACUGUUAUGUGGUGCUGCUGUCAAGUAAAGUGAUCCCGCCCAACAACGCCCUGUACUUCACCUUCCACUGGUUAGCCAUGAGCUCUACCUGCUAUAACCCCUUUAUAUACUGCUGGCUCAAUUACAACUUCCGUGCCGAACUCAGAGCUCUGCCUCUAAUUGGACGCAUAGCCAAAGGCAAUGCUAUUCAGCAAUCCUGAGGAAGCACCCUACAUACUUCAGAAUUCUGAAUUCUGUUUUCUCUUUUUGAAUUCAUAUACUCACAUACAAAUGUACUGGAGCAGUUCAUCUUCCCACCUGAUGUGGUUUCUCUUUUUCAUCUUACCCAUGGCUCUCGUUUAGUCUUCUCCUUCUUAAUGAUACCCAAACCCAUAAAGAGCACUGUGCUGCCAUGGAAGAGAUGACAUAAAUGCAGAAAGAAGAUGUUAAUUAUGUUAACUCUGUGCUGUUUAUUUUUUUUUUUUCUCAAGAAAAUGUGUUGUCUAACUGCUAGGAAAUCAAGCCGUAAUGACAUUGACAAUGACAUACUAUGACUUAAGUGGCCAGUCCGUAAAUGUUAAAAUACUCACUGUUUCAAAAGUUUAGCUAUAAGACAUAAACAGUAUGUGCGUGAAUAUGAUUUUAGUGUGAUAAAAUUGCUUACUGACCAUUCUGUAUAAAGUUAUAACCAAUUUUACAAUUUUGUUGCCAAGAUGAUGUAACACCGUAAAUCCUGUAAUCCUAACCCUAAACCUAAUCAAUUUAAAUACCUUUACAGCUUAAAUACCCAAGUUUUAAAAUUAAAAAUGAACGUAAGUGCUUUUAUAAACUUAUAAGCUUCAUAGUUCUGCCUUAAAACCAUCCAAAAAAAUGGCCCCAUUCACUUCCAUUGUAGGUGCCUCAAUGUAACUUUUUUUUUUUUUUUGUUAACGAAAAGGAGGGAUAAGUCUAAAUUUAUUUUUGCAUAACUUGUAUUGAACCCAAAAUAUUCCUUUAAUUUAAUAGGAUCUUUGAUUUAUUUAUUUAUAUUUAUUUUUGUAUUUAUUUUCUCACUUCAGCCAUAUAAUUAGCCAUUCAAUUACCAUGAGAAAUUCUCAGGCAACACUGCAUUACAUGAAUAAAUAUUGUUACUACAGUAUCUAUUCAUUAAGUUUUACAGUAUUUUCAAUUUUGGUGUGAAAUAUGGGUGAAGUGCUGCUUUGUCACAUGCUCUGUCUCUUGAGGCUUGUAAGAGGCUCCAUAUGUAAUAUUGCAUUGAGUUCUGGCCUCUCUCUUUGCAUUAUGAACACACUAUCCCAACCUCACUGUGGUAUAAAAUCUUUAUUUCAGAAUUGCCAUUUCAUGCAAUUAAAUUGUAUCCCCAUUGAACAUGUCCAUUUCAUAGUAAACCAUGUUCUGGACAUUCCAGAGAGCAGCUGAUUAUAUACAUUUAUAGAUUCAUUGAAACAGCUCAUUGGCUCUCAUCUGGGACAACACAUUUGAGCUUAAAAUAAAUCACAGCAAGGUGUUUUUUAUAAUGCGAUCUGUUCUAGCUUAGACCAUAAAUAUGAUAUUGUACGUUAUGUGAACGUUAUCUCUUAUUUUUAUGUUUCAAGAAAAAGUAACAGCAUAUGGGUUUUGAACAACAUAAGGGUGAGUAAAUGAGUGAAUAAAAGUACAUAUUCUAUUUUUAGGUGAACUGCUCCUUUAACUUGUGGUUCAUUUUUUUUGAGCACAGACCUAACAAGGACAUACUCAAAAUAAAACGGUCUCUUAUAAAAAGAUGACUCUUAGGAGAUGUUGUACAAAUUUCUGAAUUAAUUAAAGACAUAAAGAAAUUAUUUAGAAAAUCUUAAAUUGAUUGUUAAUGAUUACCAAAUACUAUGUGCACUAAAAAUAUAAGACACUAGUCUGUCCUUGUCACAAACUAAAAACUCAAUGGAAGCCUCAAGUCACAGUUCUAAACUGAUGGGGAUAACGCUCUACUUUGUGUUUUAUUGAUCAUAUUCUUAGACAAUGUCAAGUGAAUUUUCUAAAAAGCUCCUUCAAAAACUUGCCAGAUUACCACAUUCAUUCAAUUCCUUUACAAUGUACACAGAUUCGUGCUUUAGCUUAAGCCUGACAUGCUGAAAACUACUCUGUUAAUGUUUUCACAUUCACAAUUAUUAAUGACAUACAAAUCAUGUAUUGUAAUGACAUAUUUUCAAUUAAAAAUGGCGAAUUUUGCCAAAUGGUGAAUAGUUUACAUUCGGUUGGUACAAAAUUGUAAUCAUAAAGCCAUGUCACAGCCACGCCUGAGUCUGCUCCACGCCACAGCCACGCCUAAGUCUGCUCCACGCCAUGUCACAGCCACGCCUGAGUCAGCUCCACGCCAUGUCACAAUUCACUGUUGUUUGCUUUGUGUUUAUCCCCUGUCAUCUGUUCCUCCCAGACUACACUUCCCAUAAGUCCCUGCCCUCAUCACUGCCAGCUGUCCUCGAUUUUCCUCACCUGUGUUUCAUUAACUCAUUAUCCCUUGCGUAUAUAAUGCCCUGAUUUCUGUUCAGUCCUUGUGACUUGUUAUGUUUAUGUAUGUAAUUCUCUAGUUCAUGUUCUGGUUUAGUUCUUGUUUGUUUACGUUUUGAUCUUACUUCCUAGU